CGCAGGACGUCUGGCCCUCUUCUGCAAGUACUAAUGCAGCCCAAAUGAUUUACAAUUUUCAUUGCGAUGUCCCGUCACCCAAUGGGUAGCCCAAAGUUGGGAAGUGAUGUAAGUGAUACUAGGAUUCUCUUUAGCAGCGGUAACACAGUCGCUACUUCCCUUAGAAGCGAAAAAAGCUCACUAGUAUAUGUACAAUAAUUCUUUCCAAUACUUCGACCCUUUUCUUUCAAACACACCGCCGUGUCUUUUCAUUCAACUCCGAUUGAUCCUCUAUUGGCGAAUGGUGCCUACACGUUGCAUACUAAACGCGCUUUUUACAAUAGACUCAUUCAUUAUCUGAGUCGCAUUCGCUUCGUCUCAGGCGCCAUGGCAAACAAUUCCUACGAUCUCGGAUUGCUCCAUGGAAAUAUAUGGCGCCAAUGGGCGGAUUCGAGUGGCCACAUAUUCUACCAAAAUCUUGUUACUCGAGUGAUGAGUUAUGAAAUUCCCGCUGGCUGGGAAGACGCUGCAGGUGACUUGUGGGCAAUUGAAUUAACUAAGACUUGGCCGCAAUGGAAUAAUCAACGAACUGGUCGUGCGCGCUUGACCGACCCCAAUUCCCCACCGCCUGCCACUUACCUCGAUGAUCGCCACGUCGCAACCCGAAUUUCUGUUCUGACAAGAACACCCGAUUCGCCCGAGCCUUUGUAUAGACGAAUGAUGAGUGGGAUUCUGCAAUGGAUCUUCACGUCCAACGAGGGAUUUUCAGUGCUGCAGGAAGACAUGGCAGCUAACCUGCGUCCUGACUUCACUGUUUUUAAGCUGCUUGCAAGGCCUGGCGGAAGUGCGUACGAGUACGACUUCCUCUUGGGCGAGACGAAAGUCCCUGGAGAGCCUUGGGAUUCAUAUGCAGAUCAUCUGCACACUGUGUGCGCUAAUAAUGACAACGACACGAAGAAUGUUUCUCCGCAAUGGCGCAAAUUAUUGAGUGGUGAUAACUAUUUUACACCAGAAUACCUUCGCAUUUAUCCAGAAGAAAGAUUUCCUAAUCCAUCAAGAACCUCCGAACAACACGACAUCCGACCUCAAAUUCAAAAACAUCGGCACAAGCUUCCCUCCCGGGAUCCAUGAAUAUCUCCAAAUGCAUUUGGAGAUAAGAGGCCCAUUCCUCUAAGGACUGCAGGUAUUGCGAACCAGACAUUGUCGAUUGGAAUCCUAACAUACAAACCUCCCACAUGUUUUCCUCUUGUCUCAUACAGCAGCGCGUAGGGACGAGCCAUCCAUCGACUAUAACAGAUUGUAAAGUUUUAGAUUCAUCGCGGAAACGAGAGCGGAUGAAGAUAUUGCAGAUUCGAGCCGCGUUUUGCUUUAUGUAUCGGCGCAAACUGUGGCAGACUUUAACAAGAGGUAAAACACAGCUCGAGGUGGGAAGGCUAGUAAUAAUCUCGAAGAGAAUUUCGGGGUGCAUCGAAGUGAGAUAGUCUUUCUUUGCUAUGGCUUCUAUCAACUGGGUUUGCCGAGGGUUCAUCGCAAGUGGCGGCCGUAAAUACUAGUAGCAAAUGAUUUUUUUUAUUAAUUAUACGACAAAAUGGCG